AUGGAUUGGAAUAAAUCCCGCUCUCCAAAAAACCUCUCAGCUGGCGUUCAUUCCAGUGGUGCACGCAAGCAGUCCAUAACUGCGCAGUUGACCCGUUCGGCAAGGCGAUUCUCAGCCGCCGUUGCACCACAGUUCACUAAACUCGACGCUUUCCCACUUCUGCAGAAGUAUCGCUCAUUACAUCUUCGUAUUUGCGAUAUCUCACAG